GGUUCAGGAGCGGCUGGCAUUGUCGGGUGUGGGUGUCUUGGCGUUUGAGUGAGUCGACGUGAUUGCAUUCAGUGUCCUUCACUCGCUAACAGGUCAGAAUGCAGAUUUUCGUGAAGACCCUGACCGGCAAGACCAUCACCCUGGAGGUGGAGCCCAGUGACACCAUCGAGAAUGUGAAGGCCAAGAUCCAAGACAAAGAGGGCCUCCCCCCUGACCAGCAGAGGCUUAUCUUUGCUGGCAAGCAGCUGGAAGAUGGCCGCACUCUUUCUGAUUACAACAUCCAGAAAGAGUCCACCCUGCACCUGGUCCUGCGCCUGAGGGGUGGCAUGCAGAUCUUCGUGAAGACCCUGACUGGCAAGACCAUCACCCUGGAGGUGGAGCCUAGUGACACCAUUGAAAAUGUAAAGGCCAAGAUCCAAGAUAAGGAGGGCAUCCCCCCUGACCAGCAGAGGCUUAUCUUUGCCGGCAAGCAGCUAGAAGAUGGCUGCACUCUUUCUGAUUACAACAUCCAGAAAGAGUCAACUCUCCACCUGGUUCUCCGUCUGAGGGGUGGCUGUUAAUUCUUCAGUUUUGAAUUCAUAGUGCCCAAUGAUGGCAUUGCUCUGCACUAUAGCCAUUUUGCCCCAAUUUAAGUUUAGAAAUUACCAGUUUCAGUAAUAACUGAGUCACUGGUUUUCUCAAUAGCUGUUCAAAAUGUUAAUAAAAGUUUCAU